AUGUCUUUGAAACUGGGGGACUGUCCUGAGUGGCAACCACCCCAGCUACGGCCCCCCCCCCAGGAGACCACCACAGCUACGGUCCCUCCCCAGGAGACCAGCCCAGCUACGGUCCCUCCCCAGCAGACCACCCCAGCUACGGUCCCUCCCCAGGAGACCAGCCCAGCUACGGUCCCCCCCCAGCAGACCAUCCCAGCUACUGUCCCCCCCCAGCAGACCACCCCAGCUACGGUCCCUCCUAAGCAGACCACCCCAGCUACGGUCCCUCCUAAGCAGACCACCCCAGCUACGGUCCCCCACAGCAGACCACCCCAGCUACGGUCCCCCCCAGCAGACCAGCCCAGCUACGGUCCCCCCCAGCAGACCAGCCCAGCUACGAUCCCCCCAGCAGACCACCCCAGCUACGGUCCCUCCCAGCAGACCACCCCAGCUACGGUUCAUCUCCAGCAGACCACCCCAGCUACGGUCCCCCCCAGCAGACCACCCCAGCUACGGUCCCCCCCCAGCAGACCACCCCAGCUACCCCCAGACCACCCCAGCUACGGUCCCCCCCAGCAGACCACCCCAGCUACGGUCAUAGUGGUCUGGACCACAGCAUAA